AUGGUUGCUUGUUUUCUCAGAGCCAACAAGGAAGAAGAAAGACUCCAUAACACUUCUCUCCUCAUCUACCCAACAACCUCAACAACCAACACCAUGUGUGGCAGCUACUAUGGAGGCUGUGGCUAUGGACGCUGCGGCUAUGGAGGCUGUGGCUAUGGAGGUUAUGGCUACGGAGGCUGUGGCUACGGAGGCUGUGGCUACGGAGGCUGUGGCUACGGAGGUCUGGGCUGUGACUAUGGCUCCAGCUAUGGCUGUGGCUUCCGCAGACUGGGAUGUGGCUAUGGCUGUGGCUCUGGUUGUGGCUACGGCUAUGGGUCCCGCUCCCUCUGUGGCUGUGGCUAUGGCUGUGGCUCUGGCUGUGGCUAUGGCUAUGGCUGCUACUAACUGAGGUCGCCGUGGGAGACUCUCACCUUCCACACCUGGACAUGGGAUUCACCAGUUCUGACACUUUCUGAGCCUCAUGGUUGGGGGCUGAUUAUCCUAUAUCACUGGUGUUAGACAUGACUUUUUCUGAAGACUUGAACUCUGGUGCUUUCUUCGUCUGAACUAUAUCUCCUUCCUUUCCUGGUUAUAACUCGUGAAAAGUAGGAGAAUGUGAAAAUUAUCCUGUGAGCUCCUGCCAGGUGUCUCAUCUGGGUGAUGUCAUGGAUCCUGCCUUUUGAUUUUCAUACAGAUUAUUUUUCUCCAUUUUUCUAAUAAAUUUCU